GACUCUAUAGACCAAACCAUAGUUAUCCACGUCUUCUUCCUCUUACAUAUAGAUAUGCCAAGUGUUGAUCCAAACUCAUUAAUUUGAUUCAGUAUCAUUUUGCUUUGAUUCAGUUCAAUGGAGACUUAUGGUGAUCCAUCUGCCACAUACAGAUGCAAAAACUGCCAAAACCCUAUUGCUUUCCGCGGUGAACUUCUUUCCAAAAGCUAUCGGGCAAAAUCUGGGAAAGCCUUUAUGUUCUCUCAUGCAAGGAACAUUGUGUUUGGGCCAAAGCAAGAUAGAAGUCUCAUAACUGGUAUGUACACUAUUGCUGGCAUAUUUUGCAGCAACUGUGGUGAGGAAUUAGGUUGGAAGUACCUCCAAGCUUAUGAGGCAAGACAGAAGUUCAAGGAAGGCAAGUUCAUAAUUGAAACAGCAAAGAUUACCAAGUACUACUAGCUUGUAUAUUCAACACUACAACACUAUGCAAUAGUGUUGCUUGGAUGUUGCCUUCAUUAACUUCUGUGUAAUUUUAAAUAUCCACAAGGACCACAACAAUGUGGAAGGUGAUUUCUAUUAAAUAAAUUAUAACAUGGAAUCUAUUUUUCUCCUUAAUAUUGUUGUGCUGCUAAUUUCUUGGCCUAAGCUAGGUUGAUAAAUGUAGUAGGAGAACAAUGAAUGAUAUGAAAAUUUACAAAUCAAAAUGUACAUCCCAAACAUUUUCAGCAACACCUUGAUAACAGGCUUUGUAAACAAUCAUAUACCAUUAUUUU